AUGGAUCUGUUUGGAGAUAUAGAUGACAUUUCUUCAGAGAGCGAUGAGGACCAGAGAACACCUGUUCCAAGACAGCCUGUAAGCUGUGUCUACCAAACGCAGAGCACAGCUGGAACAUCCCUCCUGUCUCUUCACGAUCUCCCAUUCUGACCCCUCCCUUAGGGCGGACGUGGAGUACCUCCGAACCAGCAUGUGGAACGGCGAAUCUCUGAAACCAGAAUAAAAAUAGAAAUUCCCAGCAUCAACUCUGACUUAGGAAACGAAUUGUAUUUUGUUAAACUACCAAGAUUUCUCAGGAUAGAACCCAAACCUUUUGACCCUCAGCUUUAUGAAGAUGAAUUUGAAGAUGAGAAAGUGCUUUAUGAAGAAGACAAAACUAGGUUAAAAUUAAAGGUGGAAAAUACUAUACGCUGGAGGAUAUGCCGGGAUGAAGAAGGGUCUAAAAUUAAAGAAAGCAAUGCUCGCAUAGUUAAGUGGUCAGAUGGAAGCAUGUCCCUGCAUUUAGGCAGUGAAGUGUUUGAUAUCUACAAGGCCCCACUGCAGGACAACCACAACCAGCUGUUUAUACGGGAAGACACUGGUCUCCGGGGACAAGCCAUCUUUAAAUCCAGACUUACUUUUAGACCUCACUGUACAGACAGUGCCACAUAUAAAAAGAUGACCCUUUCAUUUGGGAACAGAAGCUCAAAGACACAGAUUCGAAUCUUACCGAUGGCUGGUCGUGACCCUGAGUGGCCUCGCACAGAUUUGAUUCAGGCAUGUCGGAAAAAAGAACGUGCCAGGGUGUCUACACAACGGAACUUCCAUUUGAAGAAGAAGAACCAGCCAGGUCCAAGUUCCACCAUUCAGCAGCCUGACAGUGAUUAUGAGGAAGAGGAGGAAGGAGAAGAGGAGGAAGGCAAGGCCUCCAGCCCAGUUACCAUUAAAAACCAUUACCCAGGAGCAGUCCACAAGAAACAAGCCCAGCCUUCCUCGGCCAGUGAUGAUGAAGGAUCUGAAGAAGAUAAGGCCAGAAGACUACUUAAAGCCAAGAAACUUGUGAGUGACAUGGGAGAUGAGCCCUCCAGAAAGAGGCCAAGGGAUGAAGAGGAAGAGUGAAAUGUAAAAAGAAAUGUCCACUGGUGUCUAUCAAAUCCAAGUCCUUAGUUUUCUGUUUGUGUUGGGACUGAACCGAGGGCGCCCAUCUGCAGGGCAUGCAUUAGACUGCUUAGGGACACUCCAACUGCUCAAAUGUAAAGCAAGAAUGAUUGUUUUGACCCACAUGAGCCAAAGAGAUGGGCCAUGCAGAAACCAUUGGGUUUUUCUGUUUGUUUGUUUUUGAGAUGAGAUCUUACCAUGUAGCCCUGACUGGCCUGGGACUUGCUAGAUAGACUAGGCUGGCCUGGA